AUGGUAUUCUACGAGAACGAGCUGGAACUAAGCUGCAGAGAUAUUCUGUGCCGACAGCAAAGGUCGCCGACAGCAAAGGUCGCCGACAGCAAAGGUCGCCGACAGCAAAGGUCGCCGACAGCAAAGGUCGCCGACAGCAAAGGUCGCCGACAGCAAAGGUCGCCGACAGCAAAGGUCGCCGACAGCAAAGGUCGCCGACAGCAAAGGUCGCCGACAGCAAAGGUCGCCGACAGCAAAGGUCGCCGACAGCAAAGGUCGCCGACAGCAAAGGUCGCCGACAGCAAAGGUCGCCGACAGCAAAGGUCGCCGACAGCAAAGGUCGCCGACAGCAAAGGUCGCCGACAGCAAAGGUCGCCGACAGCAAAGGUCGCCGACAGCAAAGGUCGCCGACAGCAAAGGUCGCCGACAGCAAAGGUCGCCGACAGCAAAUGUCGCCGACAGCAAAUGUCGCCGACAGCAAAGGUCGCCGACAGGAAAGGUCGCCGACAGGAAAGGUCGCCGACAGGAAAGGUCGCCGACAGGAAAGGUCGCCGACAGGAAAGGUCGCCGACAGGAAAGGUCGCCGACAGGAAAGGUCGCCGACAGGAAAGGUCGCCGACAGGAAAGGUCGCCGACAGGAAAGGUCGCCGACAGGAAAGGUCGCCGACAGGAAAGGUCGCCGACAGGAAAGGUCGCCGACAGGAAAGGUCGCCGACAGGAAAGGUCGCCGACAGGAAAGGUCGCCGACAGGAAAGGUCGCCGACAGGAAAGGUCGCCGACAGGAAAGGUCGCCGACAGGAAAGGUCGCCGACAGGAAAGGUCGCCGACAGGAAAGGUCGCCGACAGGAAAGGUCGCCGACAGGAAAGGUCGCCGACAGGAAAGGUCGCCGACAGGAAAGGUCGCCGACAGGAAAGGUCGCCGACAGGAAAGGUCGCCGACAGGAAAGGUUCACUUCUUUGACUCGAAUGAAACUGGUAACUAUGUAA